AUGACACCGACUACAGUCGCCAUUGACGUUGCCAAGAGAGCAGAAGCGGGUGAGGAUGGAGUUAGGCUAGAUGACUCCUCAAACAGGUGUUAUUACCUUGUUGGAGACGUAAAGGUAUUUCUAACCAGCACAUACCCGGAGGACAGCCCUGGCUAUGAAAAGGUAACCCAUACUCCAGAGGGAGCAAAGAUCAGAGACAUAAUGCAUAACAGGAGAAAAUACAACAUUAGUAGUACAACACUUUCUACAGUUUCUGUCUACUACUGGGUGUACGAUAGAGAGCAUGAGAAUCCUCUCCUUAUCGAACUGGGUGAUCGAACAAGUUGCUACGCCGUUGAACACAGUGACAGCCUGAAAAACGUCAAUUCCUUGAGUAAGUAUAGUCUAAUACAACUCCUUGAUGGUUUUAAUUGCAUUUACAACAACGCUCACAAUAUAGACCUUUCCAGGAUCCAUGAUUACGUGUGCAUUUUUGAAGGAUGCAGAGAAGUUAUUGCUGUGAAUUCAACACCAUUUUGCAACUACAUAAAACAUUCCCAUUCAAUACCUCACAAGAAUAAUGGAUUCAAGAUUUCUGCGCUCAUCUACAGGGGGAAACGAGCCAUGAACAUACCGAUCCCCGCUUACGCUAUAAAGAGUUUUUCCGUGUAUUAUUCCACCUGUGACGUCUUGUUAUCAUACCCUCUUAUCGUCGAGUUUGAACAGGCCGAGGAGAAUGGUUAUGAGUUUUACAAAAUUGGGGGUGAACUCUGGAAGGUGGUACCAAUGAAGGAGGGGCCUAGUAGCUCGGAAGAGAAUAACAAGAUACUUAAAGAGACGCUAGACGACCUAAUGAAAACAUACUUUUCAACACACAAGGGUGAAAAGUCUCAUAUUAAUGCUAGUAUCAUUGUCGCCGGAAUAGCUGGAGGUAUAGCCUCUGCUGGUCUCCUUUGUUUUGUGGCACUCAGCUUGGUUCCUCAUGCAAAGACCUUCUUGAAAACUGGAAAGGCUUUAUUAUAG